UGCUAGCUGUGGUUUUCCUGAGAGCAAGUUCUGCAAAAUGACACUUAAGUAGAUGUAGUGAGACACAAGAGUAUUUUCUGUGAUUCUGAACAACAGUUUCAGUACUCAGCUUCCUCAUGGCCGGACGCCUGUUGUUCGUCAUCCUCAUGUCUCUUCUUCCACCUAAACUGGUAGUGAAUUCACCUGUGAUCACAGAGACAUCCUCCAUCGCCACACACAGCCAAAAACCAGUGUUGAGUCUGAGUCAUCAUCCUGGUGAACUUGUAAUCUUCGCUUGCUCUCUGCCUGGAUCUGCUGAUAAUGAUACGAGAUGUAACCUGUACUUUGGAGAAGAAAGUCGUCCAGUUGUAACAACAACCAUCUGGGGGAAAAGCAACUCAAAAACCAAUCAGAAGUUCUGUCCGUUUACUGUCACAAUUGAUGAUUUGCGAAGAUAUCUACAUUCAGUUCAACAAAGCUAUUCCACCUGUGAUUACAGUUUAGGAGGUGAACCCAACUCCUUGUCUCCUCGUAGUGAUGGAUACAGACUGAAUGAUAUUGUGGAAAGUGAAUCAUUCAUGCCCCCCACAAAAUCUACAGCCACAGAUUUGCCUGGUGCUUCCACUGUUGUAACUCCUGUAAAACCAGCAUCAGAUAUUGUGGAAAUAGAGUCACACAUGACGCAGACUAAGCCAACAUUUACUAUGACUACAGUUAAUUUGGAAACUGCGUCACACACAACGCAGACUAUGUCGACGUUUACCAUGACCACAGGUACGACAUUAUAUACAGGUCUGACUGUUAGCAAGUAUCAUGCUUCCACUCCUACAACUCCUUCAAAACAAACAUCAGGUCUGACUGUUAGACCAAGCAUCACUGGUAGCUUUAUCUCUACGUCCCUGACACCAGUGAAACCCACACCAGGUCAGACACUUUAUAAGCCUAGCUUUACCUCACAAAACCCAUCAUCAGUUUCAGAAAUAGCCACAGAGAGUGGAGCAACAGCAGGUCCCUCAUCAUCUCCUGAUAAUGUUAUUGAGGACAUGAGACAAGAAACAUUUUUAUGGAAGUUGAUAGCAGUUGCGGCUGGUUUUGGAGUAACUGUGGGUGUGAUCUUAAUGGGACUGGCACUUCUCUGUACCAAAAGAAGAACUGAAAGAUGUUCUUACAAGAGGACACAAGCCAGUGACACAGCAGAUGACUUUGUGUGCUUGAGAAAUCUUGACCAUGGAGGAUUGUUACCUGGAGGUAAUGAUGAAGUCUACAGUGUGAUCACUUCAGUACCUGGUGCUGACUGUUCUCCUGGUUCUGAGAAAUUGAGCAGGCAACAGUCUCAAAAUGAGGAUUCUGACAUAUACCAUGUGUAUGCCACCAUCUCUGAGGAGCCACCUGCAUCAGCCCUGAAUGUCAUGGUGUACAGCACCCUGCAGGCACAUUGAAAAACAUUUUGUUAUACUGUAUAGAGAAUUUCUAAAAUUGUAUUUUAUGUUAAAUGCCUUGGUUAUUUGUCAUUUCUCUGUAAGCAAAGCACAGUAACUGUCUGUGUUUCUGCAGUAUUGAAAUAAAAAUAGGCAGUGAACUACUCCACUGCACUGCACUC